AUGCAUAUAAGAACCAUGGUAUCUCUAUUUGUGAUUAGUUGUUUAAUAGGAAUAGGCAUCUUAAUUGCCACAAACCCUGACUCUGGCGAAAAAUCAGACAAGCCCAUCAUGUCAAGCAGCACAGAUUCUAUACCCAGCUGUGGAUAUGAGUCAGCGGAUCUACAAUUACAAAAUAAUGAUAAUCCUCUAAAAAUAGGCCAAGAUAAUUCAAUUAAAAAUACCCAUGCAGAGACUGAAAGAAAUUUGGCUAAAACAGAAAAUUUAUCUCCUUCCGUUUAUAAUAUGGAGCUAGGAUUUCCUGUGCUAGAAACACCUAAGGCUGUGCCCAUCCGCAUGCCAUGUAACCCCACACAGAACAUACCAGAAAAUGCAAAUAAAGAAGUAGAAGAAAUUCCAGUUAUAGAAAAUAAAAUGGGUAAAGUUUCGAAACCCAACAAAUCAUAUGAUAUAUCGCCUGCUAUACCAUUCACUGCGGAAGAAACAGAACUAUUAGAAGCGCUAAAAAACAUUUCUAGAAAGAAUAAACUCCUGCCUAAAAUAACUAACUAUAGCAAUGUUAUGAUCAUUAAUGAAACUCUUAAGUAUAAAAACACAGUUGUAAUUAAAAGUACAAAACACUCUGGAACUAUAGAAAAUAAAACGCUAUGGGAAGUAAUACAUGCAUAUAACAACGAGGAAUUCAUAGACAUAUACUCUGAACAAAUCAAUCCUAUUGUGGAUAUUUCUCUUUUAUAUCCUACUCCUAUGCUAGCUAUUCCUGUUAUUAAACACACACUGCUUGCAUAUUGCACUCCACAAAAGAUAUGCAAUAUUGCAUUGUCACUUGAUGGAUUUAACUUUGAGCCGAAUGAACAUAUAGUUGACGAAUAUGAUGUGUUCUUUUCUGCAAGAAAGCUUGUAAUAUCUAAAUCAUCCAUUUGCAUAAAUGAACUGAAUCUACUAAGUGCAUUUUAUGGCAUAACAGAUCUUUCUUUUGUGGUAGUAACAAUUUUAAGCUCUGAUAUUAAGAUGGAUCUAUGCCUACCCGAAAAACUAGAAAAACUAAAAAUAUGUGGCAUUAAAAGAGAGCAUGUGAAUUUCCUUCUAUGUGGAAUAAACUCUUGCCACGGGCUUAAAGAAAUAGAAGUGUCGUAUAUUGAUUUUAUGGAUACUGCUGGAUUAAAUAGUAUAGAGCCCCUUAAUAGAAUAACUUCCUUUACACUCAAAAAUAUAGUUUUCAGUGGUUCUCCAGACUUUGAAUUUCUUAAAAAAAUGCAAGCGCUUCAAGAAUUAACUAUGAGUAGCAUUUUCUAUUCGUAUACAGAACAGUUUAAAGUAGAAAACUUGGAUAAAAUUAAACAGACACCAAUGUAUCUAAACCCAAUGCCCUCACCAGAAUGCUUGCCAAACUCAGGCGCAAAGGAAGUAUUUUAUGAUAUAGACAUAGUAGAAAGAAACAAAACUGUGGGUGAACAUAUUUCUCCUAUUAAUAUUCGUGUAGAUAGCAGGCUAUACAAAGAUCUUGGACUGAAAAAAAUAGACCCUGAAAUGAAGCACAAAUAUAAAAUACAUGUUAUGUUCACAAAGAAAAUAGAGCAUACCUAA